AUGGUUGGUGUUAAACCCCAGAUUAUCCAGAAGCAGCAUAGAGAUGAGUCCAGCAAGCUCGACGUCAUAAUCGUCGGCGCUGGGCUAGGCGGUCUCGGUGCUGCCAUAUCAAUUCUCCUCGCCGGUCACAACGUACACAUCCUCGAGUGUACUUCAGAGAUAGGCGAAAUCGGCGCCGGCAUACAAUGUCUCCCCAACUCCUCGCGCGUCCUCAUAGCCUGGGGUCUAGAAGACUACCUCUCGAAACACGCUACCUCGCCACGGCUGUGCAACAUGAUCGGUUGGAAAGGCAAUAAGAUAAGCGAGAUGGACUUUCAUGAAUACGAGAAGGAAUGCGGCACACCCUUCUGGGACUUCCACAGGGCGAACCUGCACAUGGGACUGUUGGAAAGAGCGGUGGAGCUUGGCGCGAAGCUCACGACAAAGGCGCGUGUCGUAGACGUUGAGUACGAGGCCGAUGUGGAGAACAACGCCACAAUAGCCAUCGCCGUGUGUCAGGACGGGACAAGACACAAAGCCGAUCUGGUUGUAGGCGCCGACGGCAUUAACUCGAAAUGCAGAGAGAUACUGCUCGGCCACGAGGACCCCCCACAACUCACUGGCGACCUGGCUUACCGACUACUGCUCAAUACUGCGGACAUGCUGAAGGAUCCUGAGCUCAGAGGCUUCGUGGAAGACCCGCAGGUCAACUACUGGAUAGGCCCAGAUGCCCACGCCGUCAACUACGUCCUCCGCGGUGGCAAGCUCUUCAACAUGGUGCUGUUGGUGCCCGAUGAUAUGCCCGAUGGUGCGAACACACUUGCUGGGAACGUUGAAGAGAUGCGUGCCCUGUACAAAGACUGGGAUCCACGGAUACCCAAGUUGCUCGCACUCUGCCAGGAGGUGGCCAAGUGGCGGCUAAUGAUUCGACCUGGUCUCGAUCCCACUUGGUCUCAUGAGACGGGUGCAUACACCAUACUCGGCGACGCUGCACAUGCUACUCUUCCCUAUCUUGCAUCGGGCGCUGGUAUGUCUUUGGAGGAUGGACAUGUUCUCGGCCUAUGCUUGGGUAAGAUCAAGAGCAAAUCCACGGCAGAGAAGAAGCGUGCACUAGCAGUUUAUGAACGCUGUCGUCGCGAACGCACUGAACGAGUCGUCUCCCGUGGUAACCGUCAGCAAUAUCUCUAUCAUGUCCACGAUGGGCCUGAACAAGAAGAACGCGAUAGUACGCUUCGCGCUUUUGGUGAGUUUAAUGGUAAGGGAAGGAUAAGCAAGGAGCAAUAUGAAGAAAAGGGACUAAAGGUUGGUGAUGACCCUCUGGCGUGGAGAUGGGGUGGUGUGGGUAGCUGGCUCAUCACCUAUGUUUGUGAAGAUGAUGUUGAGAAGAAGUGGAAAGAUUUUGAGAGGGAGACGAGGGCUGAGGCAAGAAGUAAUGGUGAAGUGAGGGCUGUGUUGUAA